UGCAUUUGUUUUUGUUGUUGCCGGUUUCGGGCCCUGUAAAUGACAACACUUGCCAAAAGAUUUCAUAAUUAACCCAAACAAACAGCUGCUAACAACAUGGUCUUCAAAUGUCAGGAAGACAGCUUCCUUAAGCAGUUCCGGACGACUGUCGUCUCGUGCGAAUAUGCUACUUUGGAGUGGAGCGGCGAGGACAAUAGCGCAGAAGCGCGUCAGCUGCGCGGCGUCAACUUGGUCUGUGAGGACACCAUCCUGUUUCCCGAGGGCGGCGGUCAGCCCUGCGACUAUGGCACGAUCAAUGGGCAACCGGUACGCAAUGUCUUGCGCAAGGGCAGCACAGCCAUUCACUUUGUCGAGUCGUCUACCUGCUUUGAGGAGGGUACCGAAGUGCAGCAGCAUUUGGAUUGGCCGCGCCGUCUGGACCACAUGCAGCAACAUUCCGGUCAGCAUCUGAUAACAGCACUGUUCGAUCGCGAGUUCAAGUAUGACACAACGUCCUGGUCGCUGGGCGCCAGCGUCUCAUAUAUACAGCUGAGCACACCACAUCUUAUUAGUCGCGAGUCACUUGAUCUUAUAGAGCGGCAAGCCAAUGAUCUAAUUCGCGAGGGUCGCGCUGUCAGCGUGCUGCUCGUGGACCCGGAGGUGGCACAAGAGUUUCAGGAUGCACGCGCACCACGCGGCCUGCCCAAGGACCAUGAGGGACUGGCACGUGUUGUCCGCAUCGAGGGCAUUGAGUCCAACAUGUGCUGCGGCACACACGUGACCAAUUUGUCCCAACUACAGUGCAUCAAGCUGUUGUAUGCCGAGAAGGUCAAGUCAAAUGUUCUGGUGUAUUUUGUGGUGGGUGAACGUGUCCUGCGAAAGCUGGGCGAGAUCUUCAAACGCGAGCAGCAGCUCACAGUGGCGCUUAAGGGCGGCCCACAGCAGCAUCUGGAGCUGGUGCAAAAGCUGCAUCAAAAUGUGAAAUCCACACGCAAAUCGUUUCAACAGCUGUUAAAAGAUUUCGCUAACGCAGAAGCCGAACGCCUGGAGAAUCUGCCCAAAGCUAUGCGUCCCAAAUACUUUGCCCUUCAUCGGCGUGACGGCAUCGAAGUUGACUUCAUUAACACAUUUCUGCGAAAUGCCCCAGAGGAAAUUUUCUAUUUUUUGACCGUGUCCGAGAGCGUGUCGAGCGGCAGUGGCGCCAAAGGACAUAUGGUACUGCGCGGUGAACCGACGCUGGUGGAGCAGCUUGGUCCAAAGUUUCUUGAGCUACUCGAGGGCAAAGGCAAUGGCAAGGAGAACAAUUUUCAAGGCAAGAUAACGAAUCUUUCCGGACUACAAGAAUGUAAUGCUCUGUUAGAGGCGCACUUUAAGCCAAAAAAACCAAAUGCAGAUCCCGCGAGCGCCUCGUGAAACAGGAAAUAUCGCAUUACUUAUAUUAAUUUGUACUAAUUGGUUUGUUUUCUCUUGAAAUGAUGUACAAUUUAUGAUAUUAAACAUAACUAAGCAGAGGUAA